AUGGCAAUGAUGAUGAAGAAUGUAAAGGCAUACGCAAAGAUAGAGAAAGAGGAUCCCAAUGAAAUGAUCCACAGGAGAGCUCAGUUUCUGAUCCACAAGAUUCUCCAACAAGCCGACACAGAGACAUUAAGACAGCAACAUAGGAGAAGUAUUUUGGUCAAAACGUCAUCGUUUAGAGUGGUGGGAAUAAGAAAAAAGAUUGGGAAGAAGCUGAGACAGCUAAGGAAGCUAAGGAAGAGUUGUGGAAUGGCGAACAAACAUGGUGAUCUUAUGCCACGUUUCCUUAAUUCUCUUAGACGUUAUUUCUUAUGCUCAUCUCCUCGAAGCGUCUCUGAUCUUCCCCCUCUCUUUGCUAUUCAUGUUUGA